AUGAAGUGGUACUCGCGGAGCCGGUCCGUGCCGGCCACGCCCAGGGGCCUCCCCGCCGACGCCAUCGCCGGCAACCCCGGCCCCGGCUGCAUGUCCAUGGUCCACUACCUCAUCUUCGCCCCCGGCGCCGGCUGCGUCGGCCGCCCUCCCUCCUCCUCUCCCAACGACUCCACCGCCGUCGUUUCCAGCUCCCACAAGCUCAGCUCUCCUUCUCCCACCUCCCACCAGAAAGGGCUGGAGGCGCCGAGGAACAGCCUGGAGCUGGACGCCGACCAGCUGCGGGACAUCCAGAUCGGCGUGCAGGUCGAGCCGGCGUUCGACGCGCUGGCGGUGGCAGGGAGGCGGAGCACCGGCAGCAGGGCCACCGCGCCGCCGUCCGAGGCCGGGACGCCGCGCACGCCCAGCCUCGUCGCGCGCCUCAUGGGCAUCGACGGCCUCCCCGACGACGCCUGCUCGCCGUCGCCGGGCCUCAAGAAGGGCAACAACAAUCCCAGGGCGGCGGCGGCGGCCGUCAAGGAGAAGAAGAAGCGGGUCAUCCCGGAGUCCAUGAACCGGCAGCCGCUGCGGAGCCUCAGCUGCAACGUCGGCGCCGGCGAGGCCAGGUCGCUCCCGGACACGCCGCGGGCGUCCGCGUCGUCGGCCAGGACGGCCUCGGCGUGGGACGUGGUGGACCGCCCGCGGCUGUCGUUGCAGGUGUUGAAGGAGAACGUGCUCGACAGGGCGGCGCAGUACAUGUCCAUGCCCACCUCGCCGACGUCGGCGAAGAAGAAGAAGGAUAGGAGGGACGGGGACGCCGUGGGGCACCGGCGGAGGGACGCCAAGGAGCACGCCCGCGAGAUCGUCAGGCAGGCCAAGGAGACCGUCACCAACCGCAAGUCCGGCGGCAAGCAGAAGCCGACGACGGCAAGCGCGGGCAGCAACGACAAGGAGAACGCGAUUCCGUUUGCGGUGGAGGACAAGAAGAUGGUGGUGGUCCAAGCUCCAGCACCGGCAGCUUCCAUCGUCACACCGACCGCGCCACCGACGCCGCAGGCGAAAGCACAAGCCGAUCAGCAGCAGCCACACGCCCCGAGGCUCCCACCGCCCCCGCCGCCGAUGCGCGCCAAGCCAACGCAGCCACCUCCUCCACCACCGCCACCGGAUCAUCCAAUUCCAGCAACGUCGACCAGAGCGGCGCCGCUGUCGCCGCAGGCCGUCCAGUGCAAACGACCGCCAGACGGGUGCGAGCGCUUCGCGACGCGGGUCAAGAAGCCGCCAGCCGAGACAACGAUUGAAAAGGCGGCACCACCGUCGUCUCCCUCCGCAGUCGCAGGAGCCACCGCGCCGGCGGCGAGCUCGCACGCGCGCGUCGUCGACCAGCACCACCGCCGCAGAUUACUUCCUCCCGCCGUGGCGUCCACAUCGUCGUCGUCGUCGUCUUCGCUGGAGGACGACCCAGAGUACGGCUACCUGCGGACGGUGCUGGAGCGCGGCGGGUUCAUGCGCGCAACGCCGCCGCCGAGCCGGCCGUUCAAGGGCCACUCCAUGUCGUCCCCAGUGGACCCAAUCGUGUUCCACCUCCUGGAGCUAGACCUCCCCGCGGACGACUCCGACGACCGCCGCAAAGGCCCGCUCCGGCACCGGUGGAACCGGAAGCUCCUCUUCCACCUGGCCCAAGAAAUCCUCGCCGGCCUCCUCCACCGCGACGACAACGGCGCCUCCCCCGCAACAAGGCCGCACGGGCCGGCGCUACUAUCCAAGGUGUGGGGCACGGUGAAGGCAUUCCCGGCGGCGGACUGCAGGGUGGUGGGCGACAUCGACGCGCUGGUGGCACUGGACCUGGACUCGGCGAGCGUGCGCGGGCUGGCGCGGCACCCGGCGGUGGCGGAGGAGGCCGGCGACGUGGCGGAGGACGUGGCGGAGCUGGUCCUGGACGCGCUCCUCAGGGAAUCUCUCCCUCCAUCCUGGUCGUGGUCGCCGGCACGUGCGCCGAGGUAG